GGCCGGCCUGCAGUUACCCAUCCACACAGCCUGCCCACCCAGCUGCCACCCAGCUGUCCAAUCAGGUGUGCCCGAGUCUGCCGACACGUUGAGACCACUUUCCUUGGGAGCCCCUGAGUGCUAAAAUCAGAGCCUUCGCAGUCACCUCUUCUUGCAGAGUUUGGUUUCAUUCAAAGUGCUACAAAACACCCCCUGGGCAAGGACACUUACAAGAGGAGAUCAACUUUACAGAGAGGACAUGGAUCACAUGUCUCCUAGGCUGAGAGCCUUCCUCUCUGAACCGAUUGGAGAAAAAGAUGUUGGCUGGGUGGAUGGGAUUAGCCGAGAACUCGCCAUCAAUUUGGUCACCAAAGGUUUCAAUAAGGCCUACAUCCUGUUGGGUCAGUUCCUCCUGAUGCACAAGAACGAAGCCGAGUUUCAGAACUGGCUCAUCUGCUGCUGCGGCGCCACGGAGUGCGAGGCCCGGCAGACCUCCAACUGUCUCAAGGAGUGGUGCGCCUGCUUCCUGUAGACCCAUGGUACCCCUGUAAACGCCCGCUCCGCCACCACCGGCUCCGAGUCAUUAUUCGUGUUUUUAACUUUAACAGUACACUUGCGUUAGAGAAAGUUGCUCAAGAUUAUAAACAAGGAGGGGGCUGGAUGGUGGCCCAGCAGUGACGCAGAGCUCUGCAAGGUGGAGCCCUAGGGGGGCAUCCUCCCCGAACGUGGGGUCCGUUCUGGUGGUGUGAAGACGCUUUUAACUCAUAAAAGAAAU